AUGGCGAGGCACCAGGCCGACCUCGUGAGGUGCGCGCGGCUGCCGGGCGUCGCCGUGGGCCGCGUCUGCGCGGCGCACGACGGCCGCUGCGUGGCCUGCGACUCCAUGGUGCGGCCCUGCGCGGUGGCCCGCGUCUGCGACGGCUGCGGCUACGGCAGCGGGUCCGGGAGCGAGAGGUGCGUGGUGUGCGGCGUCCGGGAAGGAGGAGGAGCGGUGGCGGACGCGCACUACUGCGUGGCGUGCGUGCGGCUGGAGAAGGACCGCGACGGCUGCCCUGCCGUCGUCAACGUCGGGACGGCCAUGGCCGACUCGUUCUACCACAGGAAGAAACAUGGAUUCAAUAAUAAUCCCAGGGGAGGGUCCGGUUGAUGAUAGUCGAUAAGGGACGACUCAUAUAUCUCCUCGAAUAACAGAAGACGUACACAUGUGCAAGUUGGAUGGGAAGCCGUAACGCCGUGAGCGGUUUUAUUAUUCCUGAUCGGUUGGGAGCUGGCCGGACUGCAAUCUCUCUGUUCUACCAAACUCUACCUUCUUAGACUUUUUAGUUGUACCCUUUUCAGGAGUGGAAAUAACGGGCAUUGACAGAAUCUGUCACAUUUGUUGCCACUAUUCAAACUUCUGUGUUAUCCGCAAUCAAGCUGCGGCGCUGACGAGUGGGGACUGACAGACUGUACUGUUAGCUCGGGCCAAUUCACUGAUAUAUGUCAUCUAUAUUUCCAUGAGGA